ACCUCGCGGACCUGCUCAGUCAGCUGGGGCCCCCUGCGGACGGCCGCCUCCCGAGCCUCCGGGACCUGCCAUUCUGCGCGCGAUGGCAGCGGCGGCAGCAUCCCCGCCGGCGGCGGCUGCGGCGGCCACGGCCACCGCGGACGCUAUUGUUCCCUGGUGUUAGACGCGCUCUCCCUCCUUCUCGUCUGAAGCAAACAAUAGCAGGAAAGAGCUCUGCUUUUCGCACUCUUUGGGAAGACGUUCCAAGAGCGAAGAAAAAUUCCCCGCCGCUGAGCGCGCCGCGGACCUGGGCCCCGGAGCGGCUGCGGGCGGCAUGGGGCUGCAAGCGGAGCGCUCGGCGCCCGGGAGCCGGGGCGCUGCGGGGCCGCGCCGGGGCGUCCUGCCGCUGCCGCUGCCGCUGCUGCCGCUGCUCCUGCUGCUGCUGCGCCCGGGCGCCGGCGGGGCCGCGGCGCAGGGCGAGGCGGAGGCGCCCAGCCUGUACCUCUGGAAGACUGGUCCGUGGGGCCGGUGCAUGGGAGACGAGUGCGGUCUCGGAGGCAUCCAAACCAGGGCCGUGUGGUGCGCGCACGUGGAGGGAUGGACGACGUUGCACACCAACUGUAAGCAGGCCGAAAGACCCAGUAACCAGCAAGACUGUUUCAAAGUUUGUGACUGGCACAAAGAGUUGUACGACUGGAGGCUGGGACCCUGGAAUCAGUGUCAGCCCGUGAUUUCAAAAAGCCUGGAGAAACCCCUCGAGUGCAUUAAGGGGGAAGAGGGCAUUCAGGUGAGAGAGAUCACGUGCAUCCAGAAGGACAAAGACAUUCCCGCGGAGGAUAUCAUCUGUGAGUACUUCGAGCCCAAGCCUCUCCUGGAGCAGGCUUGCCUCAUCCCUUGCCAGCAGGACUGCAUCGUGUCUGAGUUUUCCGCCUGGUCCGAGUGCUCCAAGACCUGCGGCAGCGGGCUGCAGCACCGCACCCGCCACGUCGUGGCGCCCCCGCAGUUCGGAGGCUCGGGCUGCCCUAACCUGACCGAGUUUCAGGUGUGCCAGUCGGGGCCGUGCGACGCCGACGAGCUCCUGUACAGCCUGCACGUGGGGCCCUGGAGCGCGUGUUCAGGGCCCCACCCGCGACAAGCCAGACAGGCCAGGAGACGUGGGAAGAAUAAGGAACGGGACAAGGACCGAGGCAGAGGAGUAAAGGACCCGGAGGCCCGAGAACUUAUCAAGAAAAAGAGAAACAGAAACAGGCAGAACCGACAAGAGAACAAAUACUGGGACAUCCAGAUCGGAUAUCAGACGAGGGAGGUUACGUGUACCAACAAGACGGGGAAAGCUGCGGAUUUGAGCUUUUGCCAGCAAGAGAAGCUGCCAGUGACCUUCCAGUCCUGUGUGAUCACCAAAGAAUGCCAGGUUUCUGAGUGGUCAGAAUGGAGCCCGUGCUCAAAAACGUGCCAUGAUACAGCAUCCCCUACAGGCACGCGUGUAAGGACACGUACCAUCCGGCAGUUUCCGAUUGGUGGUGAAAAGGAGUGUCCAGAACUUGAGGAAAAAGAACCCUGUGUGUCUCAAGGAGAUGGUGUUGCCCCCUGUGCCACGUAUGGCUGGAGAGCUACGGAGUGGACCGAGUGCCGUGUGGACCCUUUGCUCAGCCAGCAGGACAAGAGGCGCGGGAACCAGACGGCCCUCUGCGGAGGAGGCAUCCAGACGCGAGAGGCGUACUGUGUGCAGGCCAACGAAAACCUCCUCUCCCACUUAAAUGCCCACAAGGGCAAGGAAGCCUCAAAACCAGUGGACUUGAAAUUAUGCACUGGCCCUGUCCCUAAUACUACACAGCUGUGCCACAUUCCUUGUCCAAUUGAAUGUGAGGUUUCACCUUGGUCAGCUUGGGGACCUUGUACUUAUGAAAACUGUAAUGACCAGCAAGGCAAAAAAGGCUUCAAACUGAGGAAGCGGCGCAUUACCAAUGAGCCCACUGGAGGCUCUGGGGGGACUGGAAACUGCCCUCACUUACUGGAAGCCAUUCCCUGUGAAGAGCCGUCCUGCUAUGACUGGAAAGCAGUGAGGCUCGGAGACUGUGAACCAGAUAAUGGAAAAGAGUGUGGUCCAGGCACACAAGUUCAAGAGGUUGUGUGCAUCAACAGUGAUGGAGAAGAAGUUGACAGACAGCUGUGCAGAGAUGCCAUCUUCCCCAUCCCUGUGGCCUGCGAUGCCCCGUGCCCCAAGGACUGUGUGCUCAGCACGUGGUCUACAUGGUCCUCCUGCUCACACACCUGCUCGGGGAAAACCACAGAAGGAAAACAGAUACGAGCACGAUCCAUUCUGGCCUAUGCAGAUGAAGAAGGCGGAGUUCGCUGUCCAAAUAGCAGUGCUUUGCAGGAGGUGCGCAGCUGUAAUGAGCAUCCUUGUACUGUGUACCACUGGCAAACUGGUCCCUGGGGCCAGUGUAUUGAGGACACCUCCGUGUCGUCCUUCAACACAACUACAACUUGGAAUGGGGAGGCCUCCUGCUCCAUCGGCAUGCAGACGAGAAAAGUCAUCUGUGUGCGAGUCAAUGUGGGCCAAGUGGGACCCAAAAAGUGUCCUGAGAGCCUUCGGCCUGAGACAGUGAGGCCUUGCCUGCUUCCUUGUAAGAAGGACUGUAUCGUGACCCCAUAUAGUGACUGGACGCCAUGCCCCUCCUCGUGUAAGGAAGGGGACUCCGGAGUCAGGAAGCAGUCUCGGCAUCGGGUCAUCAUUCAAAUGCCAGCCAACGGGGGCCGCGACUGCACGGAUCCCCUCUAUGAAGAGAAAGCCUGUGAGGCCCCUCAAGUGUGCCAAAGCUACAGAUGGAAGACUCACAAAUGGCGCAGAUGCCAAUUAGUUCCUUGGAGCGUGCAACAAGACAGCCCUGGAGCACAAGAAGGCUGUGGGCCUGGACGACAGGCAAGAGCCAUUACUUGUCGCAAGCAAGAUGGAGGCCAGGCUGGCAUCCAUGAGUGCCUCCAGUAUGCUGGCCCUGUGCCAGCGCUUACCCAAGCCUGCCAGAUCCCCUGCCAAGAUGACUGUCAGUUGACCAGCUGGUCCAAGUUUUCUUCAUGCAAUGGAGACUGUGGUGCAGUUAGGACCAGAAAGCGCACUAUUGUUGGAAAAAGUAAAAAGAAGGAAAAAUGUAAAAAUUCCCAUUUGUACCCCCUGAUUGAGACUCAGUAUUGUCCUUGUGACAAAUACAAUGCACAGCCUGUGGGGAACUGGUCCGACUGUAUUUUACCAGAGGGGAAAGUGGAAGUGUUACUGGGAAUGAAAGUACAAGGAGACAUCAAGGAAUGUGGACAAGGAUACCGUUACCAAGCAAUGGCAUGCUACGAUCAAAAUGGCAGGCUUGUGGAAACAUCCAGAUGUAACAGCCAUGGUUACAUUGAAGAGGCCUGCAUCAUCCCCUGCCCCUCAGACUGCAAGCUCAGUGAGUGGUCCAACUGGUCGCGCUGCAGUAAGUCCUGUGGGAGCGGCGUGAAGGUUCGCUCUAAAUGGCUGCGGGAAAAACCGUAUAAUGGAGGAAGGCCUUGCCCCAAACUGGAUCAUGUCAACCAGGCACAGGUGUAUGAGGUCGUCCCAUGUCACAGUGACUGCAACCAGUACAUAUGGGUCACGGAGCCCUGGAGCGUCUGCAAGGUGACCUUUGUGAAUAUGCGGGAUAACUGUGGAGAGGGCGUGCAAACCCGAAAAGUGAGGUGCAUGCAGAAUACAGCAGAUGGCCCUUCUGAACAUGUAGAGGAUUACCUCUGUGACCCAGAAGAGAUGCCCCUGGGCUCUAGAGAGUGCAAAUUACCAUGUCCUGAGGACUGUGUGAUAUCUGAAUGGGGUCCAUGGACCCGAUGUGCUUUGCCUUGCAAUCAAAGCAGUUUCCGGCAAAGGUCAGCUGACCCCAUCAGACAACCUGCUGAUGAAGGAAGAUCUUGCCCUGAUCCUGUGGAGAAGGAACCCUGUAACCUGAACAAAAACUGCUACCACUAUGAUUAUAACGUAACAGACUGGAGUACAUGUCAGCUGAGUGAGAAGGCAGUUUGUGGAAAUGGCAUUAAAACAAGAAUGCUGGAUUGUGUUCGAAGUGAUGGCAAGUCGGUUGACCUGAAAUAUUGUGAAGAGCUUGGCCUGGAGAAGAACUGGCAGAUGAACAUGUCCUGCAUGGUGGAAUGCCCUGUGAACUGUCAGCUUUCUGAAUGGUCUGCUUGGUCAGCGUGUUCUCAAACAUGUGGCCUCACAGGAAAAAUGAUCCGAAGACGGACAGUGACCCAGCCCUUUCAGGGUGAUGGAAGACCAUGCCCUUCCCUGAUGGACCAGUCCAAACCUUGCCCAGUGAAGCCCUGUUACCGGUGGCAAUAUGGCCAGUGGUCUCCGUGCCAAGUGCAGGAGGCCCAGUGUGGAGAAGGGACUAGAACAAGGAACAUAUCAUGUGUAGUGAGUGAUGGGUCAGCUGAUGAUUUCAGCAAAGUGGUGGAUGAGGAAUUCUGUGCUGACAUUGAACCCAUUAUAGAUGGUAAUAGAAACAUGGUUCUGGAGGAAACCUGCACCCAGCCUUGCCCAGCAGACCCAGCUUGAGGCUGUGGCAGCAGGUGAGGACUCUGGGCAGGACCAGCCACUGAACCUUUGGACUUUGAUGUCCUGAAUGGCCAUAGAGUCAACAAAAAGUGACCAAGGCUGAAAGUCGGACGCCUACCUAUUCCACAAUCAGAUCUCCUGGCUUUGGUCGAAGAGGAUUUGCUGAGCCCAGCUGGCAUCCUCGCCAGGCACUGGCGUGUGCCUUACUAUGGAGACUCCACACGUUUUCAUUCUACUUCCUGCAGGAUGAUCACCCACUCGUUUGACUUUUAUUCCUCGAGUAUAAUUAGGUCAGGCCUAGAUUUGAGGUUGGAGAUACAAUGGAGAUGAGCAGACCCUGUACUCAAUAUGGCUUACUUUCUAACAGAAGUGAGAGUUGCUAAUCUCAUAGUAAUAUAAAUAAGAUAAGAUUAUAAGUGAUUUGAAGGAAAAUUAUAGGAUGCCAUGAUAACAUAGAACGGGGCAAACACACUAUUUUAAUUAAAGUAAUUACAAAUCCUGAAGGAGGCUGUUCUUCUCUUAUAAAUUACAAUCUAUUCAUUUUGGCUCCUCUCUUGCUAGUUUUCACUAAUGAUUAGUUUUGAAAGCUAGCAAUAUGUAGACUAAUAAGCAUUAAAAAGUAGAAUAAUGAAUUUCAAAAUAUAUUUCAUGCAUUUAAUUGUCAUAUCUUUGGCAGGCAUAAUGUAAUUUUAUUAUUACAAUGGUUCAUGUGGUCUAAAUAUAAAAGUAUGUUUAGUUAAAGGUAGUGGCUUACUCUCAUAUGCUGUUGUUAAAUCUCUGAAGCCUGACAUGGUUUAUUUUGGAGUGAUAAUUAUAUAUAGACUAGUUUUAAAAUAUAUAUUCAGUUUUGUUGCAAAAUACAAGAUGUUCAAUGUGAAUAGCCCAAGACGUAAGGCCUACCAAUAAAAAAGUGUGUUUUAUUUCCAUGUAGUUUGCAAUCACUAAGGUGAAGUUAUAUUACAUUCUUAUUGACAGGAAUUUUUAAAAAAUUUUACCUGUAACAGUUUUUCCUACAUAAUUGAAAACUGAGUAACUCAAAAGUGGCAUUUCCUAGGGGAUAGAAGUGUUUCUAAAACAUUUUUAGACUACUUGAAAAUUUUCAUUAGCUUUUUCUUCGUUAGUAUUUCCAAAAAUUACUAGAAUUUUCCAUAGUUUGGGAGUGCCAAAGACAUUCUAAUAAAGAUCUACAAAAAUGACUCUACUUUGCUAUUAUAGGUGUAUCUGUUAGUCAAUAAUUCAUGUCUUGCCAGGAUUUCUUAAUCAUGACACAAGAAGUUUUCCCAUUAAUCAGAUCUCCAGGCAACUUUGUGCUAAUAUUAGUCAUCAUCAGCAUAAUAUAAGGCAAUAUGAAUUAUUCAUGUAAUAUGGCUGAAAUAAUUAAAGUGAUAAGAACCCCUUAUGGAUUUGUGUCUAUCAUAAUUAACUGUGUACUCUGACCAGUAUCACCAAGCAGUCAGUUCUGAAGAAUGGAUGGGUAUAUGGUAAAGGUGUAUUUCAUUAAAUCUUUUUUGCUCUUAAAAUGGUUGAAGAUGUUGAACACAUGGAUUCACUAUGCCCCAGCAAUUGCCCUCCUUGAUAUAUACCCAAUAGAAAUGCAUAUAUAAAUCCAUCAAAAGACUUGCACUAAAAUGGUCACAAAAGCAAAAGAGAAAAAAUUUCCAUCUCCCCACAUGCCCAUCAACAGUAGAAUGUUAAUCCAAAUUGUAAUGUAUUCACACAGUGGAAUAAAGUAGAGUAAGAAUGAACAAAUUAGAAAUACAUAAUAUAUGAUGGUUCUGACAAACAUAAAUGAGAGAAAGAAACCAGAUACAAAAAAAAGUCCACAUGGCACAAUUUCGUAUAUCACAUGAGGAAGGAUUCUGAGAUUCUGGGAAUGUUCUGUUCCUUGAUUUGGAUGUUGAUUGCAUGAUUAUGUAAUCAGAUUGUGAAAAUGCAGCUAUCUAUACAUUGAUGAUAUGUGAUCAUUUUUCAUGUUGCUUAUUAUUCUAUGAGUAAUUUUUUUAAAUGAGAAAUUGAUUGAAGACAGAGAUCAGAGGAAGUGACAAGUAUUUCCAGUACUGCAACUGCUCAAUUGGCUCUCUGACCUCCACUCCACUGGGAAGAAAUAGAAAUAAAACAUAAAUACCAGCUUUAUCAGCCUUGGACUUCAAGCUAUUUUGAAAUGCUAAAUAACUGGAAGACAAGUUCUGUGUAUAUUUAGUUUUUCUUUGAGUAGUACCAAAUGCUUAAUAAAUCCCUUUACUAUGGUAAUGAUAACAGUGGUGGUAGGUUUUAAUCAAAUAAUUGUUAUGUCUUAAGAGGAGAUGAAUCAUAAUAGACAAGUCCCUUUAGGCCGCAGUUUACAUUUGAUAUCAUUCAGUAACACAUAGAGCAAUGACAGCCACUCAGAAAAUAACAAUAUUUAUGCAAAAUUAUAAAACUACAUGCAAACUGGGAAAGAUGAAAUACUUAUUGAAACCUUAUAAAUAUUACAUAUAAACAUUGCCCCCAGUAGGGCUAGAAUUAAAAUUACUGUCUGACUGGCUUUUCUCUAUGGGUGUGGGUAUAAACUACAGAACUGUU